CAUGAAUUCAUACAUAUACAUCGUUCCUGUAGUUUUAUUAUGCAGUAUGUCAGUCGGUAGUCAAGAAGAUACGGGACAUUGUACGACGUUUAACGAAUGCCGCAAACUACAUCAAGCAAACGGUGAACGAGAGCGUUAUUAUCCGGAUAGCUGUCGAGAAUUACACAAACUCAAUUCUCUUUCUUGGAAUGAAAUCGGAGGAGUUUUUGAAAUCUAUCCUACCCCGGUUUCAGAAAAGAUUGAAGUUUACUGUGAUCUUAUGACAGAUGGAGGAGGAUGGAUUGUAUUUCAACGUCGAAUGGAUGGCUCUGAAGACUUUUAUCGCGGAUGAGAUGAUUAUGUAAAUGGAUUCGGAAAUACGGUUGGAGAAUUUUGGCUUGGU